AUGGCAGUAUGGAUAAUAGAACAGUCUUCAAACAACUGCAGAGCUAUUGUUAUUAUUACCCAUAACGGCCACGGAACUUUCCUAUUUUUUGAAGAGCACGAGUAUGACAUAUUGAAACAAGAGUGGACCGCCAACAAUCUCGAUCCAGUCCAAGAAGCUAUGAAAAAUGUCCAAUCUGUAGCAACGGUUAUACGUCAUCAAAUUUGUGAAAAUAAAUAUGAAACAGGGUAUUAUCCCCCAGGUGAGGUUAUGUUUAGCGAAGAAAAAAUGGUUGAAGAGAUUCCAGAGUUAUUGUUUCUUCUAAUUCAGUCCAUAAUAAGUAUAAACAAAACAGGAAAACCUGAUGCAUUAUUAAGAAAUUGUAUAGUAAUAUGUCAUCUCAUAAUUGCAGCAACUCGUCCUCGAUCAUUCAUGUCUUCUGUACUAGUGGGUUUGGGAGUAAUGAUAUAUCAAAAAUUUGCUUCUAAGAACCUGUUAGAUGUUUUAUCCAAUCUGGGCAUAACUGCAUCUUAUAAUGAAGCUAGAUUAUAUAUACAAUCUCACAUCGUUUGUAACGCUAAAAAAUUUUUACAUAACGUUUGGAUUCAUUUUGGGUUUGAUAAUGCCGACUUUCCGGUCCAAUCGUUGAAUGGAUCAAAAAGUUGGCAUGUCGCAGAUGGGGCACUGUUCGCCGUCCUUGUUGAUUGUUACGAACCCCAAGAGGGCGCGAAAAAAUUAAAAAAAGUCCUGAAUGUAGAAGAAAUUGUUGCUUUCGGUAAAAUUCCCACUUGUAAUUACGUCAAUAAGAUUCCAGAUGGGUAG